AUGUUAAUGUUUUUUUCUGAUGUGCAAGCUGUCGGUGGAGUAGGUUCUGGCAGUUUGAAUUUGCUACCUGAGGAGACUUCUACCAUCGUUAAGGAACCGGUUGGGAUUGUAUAUUCAGAGAACUCUUCAAACAGUAAUAAUUUGCUUCGAGGGGAACGUGUAGUAUCCAGGGUAUUGUCAGCUACGAAUGAGGAAGGUCGAGUUAAAGGGGAGAACUCCAUCGAACAUGUCACAUAUGAGGAAGAUGCUAUUGAUGCUGACGACAAUGAUGAGAGACUUACUAAAUCAUCUAAUGCUUCUGAUAAAGCAUUUGAGGUCUUACUUACUAUGCAAGGGAAACAACAUAUUGAAUCUUCUAGCAAAGUAAACAAUAUCAAGCAUCAUGACGAAACACCGCCUGAUGUUCGAGUACGGAAACUAAAGGAUCAGCUCAUCCAAGCUAAAGUUUAUCUUUCCCUUCAGGCAGUUAGGAACAUUCCCCAUCUCACUCGGGAAAUUCGGCUACGGGUAAAGGAAGUUUCACGAACAAUUGGAGAGGCAAGCAAAGAUUCUGACUUGCCAAGGAAUGCAAAUGAGAGAAUGACGGCAAUAGAGCAAUCAUUGAUGAAAGCAAGGCAAAUUCAAGAUGAUUGUGCCACAUCCGUGAAGAAGCUUAGGGCUAUGCUCCACUCAUCAGAGGACCAGCUUCGCGUGCACAAGAAACAGACCUUAUUCUUAACACAAUUGACAGCUAAAACACUGCCUAAAGGUCUCCAUUGUCUUCCGUUGCGCCUAACAACUGAAUACUAUAACUUGAACUCUUCUCAGCAACAAUUCCCCAAUCAAGAGAAGUUAGAAGACCCUGGACUAUACCAUUAUGCAAUAUUCUCAUAUAACAUACUGGCCACAGCUGUUGUUGUGAAUUCUACUGCUGCCCAUGCUAAGGAUUCCUCCAAACAUGUUUUCCACAUUGUAACUGAUAGGCUCAAUUAUGCGGCAAUGAGGAUGUGGUUUUUGGCCAAUCCACCUGGAAAGGCGGCAGUUCAAGUUCAAAACAUUGAAGAUUUUGCAUGGUUGAACUCGAGUUACAGUCCAGUUCUUAAGCAGCUAAGUUCUCCUUCAAUGAUAGAUUAUUACUUUAAGGCUCACCGUGCUUCUUCUGAUUCGAACCUCAAGUUUCGGAAUCCUAAGUAUUUAUCUAUGUUGAACCAUCUCCGCUUCUACUUGCCCGAAAUAUUUCCAAACCUCAAGAAAGUGUUGUUUUUGGAUGACGAUAAUUUCGACCCCCGUGCUUGUGGAUGGGCAUAUGGUAUGAAUGUUUUUGAUCUGGUCGAAUGGAAGAAACAAAACAUCACAGAGGUGUACCAUAAUUGGCAGAAGCUGAUCUUCACAAGUCAAAGGAAAUGGAUGCAACCAAGUCAAACAAUUGUGAAAAACCGGGCAGCAGCGUUAAACGUAAAGGAUAUAAGACCGCAAAUGCAUUCAUCUACAUCAACUCAUGCUUCAUGUCAUGGAAAGCAAUGUAUCAAUGAAGAUGUUGAAAAGGACGAUAUAAAUGAUGAAAUUCAAGAGGACGACAUAAAUGAUAAAAUUCAAGAGGACGACCUAAAUGAUAAAAUUCAAGAGGACGGCGUAGAUGACGAAUUUCAAGAGAACGACAUAGAUCUAGAUGAUGAAUUUCAAGAGGAGGAUAUAGAUGGUGAAUUUCAAGAGGACGACGUAGAUGAAGAAUUUAUGGAGGAUGACAUAUCUAACGAAUUUCAAGAGGACGAUUUGGAUGCUUUACUCCUAGAAGACAAACUUGAAUGA